CACCACCAUUUCAAUAGUUUGGUGUGGAUGGUUCCGCUCUCGUUGACCCAACCAACAUCCAAUCAUGGAUCACCACCACCAUUUCAUAUCCAUUUUUUUACUCACUCCAGUCACUUUACCCAUUCAUUCUAGAAUCUAUCUACUUUCCUUCCAUAUGACUCUUUCAAUUCAACACUUUGCUUCCAAAAAAAAAAAAAAAAAAAAAACUCCAGACAAUAUCUGUUAAAAUCUUUACUAUCAUGCCUACGCGUUCUUCAUCCAGCUUCGUCAACUCCAUAUAUAUGUGACUCAAAUCCACCUUUUUCUUCCCAUUUAAUCAACUUCUUCUGUUUUCUGAGCUUAAAUCUGCUUAAUUUGAGCUGAAGCAUGGCGUCCAUGCGUCUUUUCUUAAUUUUCUCUCUCCUUUUAAUUUUUCCACUGGUUUCAAUCAAAGCCCAGCAGCCAUACAUCAAGAAGCUAAACACAAACUGCAGGGUCAGAAAUGCCUCAACUUCUGUUCUUGGUUAUGCCUGUAAUGGCGUUAAUCGUACCUGCGAAGCUUAUCUCACCUUUCGAUCCCGACCCCCGUAUAACACUGUUACGUCCAUCUCCAAUCUAUUAAACGCAAACGCCACUCAGCUUUCUCAACUCAAUUCCGUUUCUGAAACCGCUGCUUUUGGAACCGGUGAGACAGUUCUCGUGCCCACCAGGUGUUCGUGUCUUGGUCAGUUCUAUCAAGCCAAUGCAACGUAUGUUAUUCAAUCCGGAGACACCCCUUUCACAAUCGCAAACAAUACUUUUGAAGGGCUAUCGACUUGUCAUGCUGUUCAGGUUGAAAGGAGCAAUCUAACCAUUGAUAUAUAUCCUGGUUCAAGACUCACAGUGCCUUUAAGAUGUGCUUGUCCAACCGAAAAUCAAGCUGCUGAUGGUAUCAGGUAUUUGUUAUCUUACUUGAUCACUUGGGGACAAAGUGUUUCAUCCAUAAGUGCGAUCUUUGGGGUUAAUACUGGGGUGACUCUUGCAGCCAAUCAAUUAUCAGAACAAGAUUUUACCAUUUACCCCUUCACCACCCUUUUAGUUCCCCUCUCCGACCAACCUUCAAGAUCUCAAACCAUAGCACCACCACCCCCACCAACAACAUCGCCGCCACCAUCAUCACCACCACCACCCACUUCCUCCGUUGAUAAUAAAUGGAUAUACAUGCUCAUAGGAGUCCUUGGAGGGGUUGCUCUCACAUCUUCAAUUGGGUUCGCUGUUUUUUGGUUUUGCUUUCUUCAGAAGAGAAAGCAGAUUCCUCCGCCUAUGGUUUCUUCUGCUUCUCAGAGCUUUGAAGCAAUCGUGAAACCAGGGGAUAAGAAGUUGGAUGUUGAUGAAGACUCGGACUUCAUGGAAAGUUUGAACAGCAUAGCUCAAUCCCUCAAAGUAUACAAAUUUGAGGAACUUAAGUCAGCCACACAAGAUUUUAGCCCCAAUUGUUUAAUCAAAGGAUCUGUUUACAAAGGCACCAUCAAUGGAGACCUUGCUGCAAUCAAGAAAAUGCAUGGAGACGUCUCGAAGGAGAUUCAAUUGCUUAACACUAUUCACCAUCAUAAUCUCAUUCGCCUAUCAGGUGUUUGUUUUAAUGACAGCCAUUGGUACCUUGUUUUUGAGUUUGCUGUCAACGGACCCUUAAGUGACUGGAUCUAUCAGGAUGAACAUGAACAAACCACCAACAAAUCCUUGAAUUGGAUUCAGAGAAUACAAAUCGCUUUGGAUGUAGCAAACGCGCUUGAUUAUCUUCAUAGCUAUACCACUCCUCCAUACGUCUACAAGAAUCUAGAGAGCAGCAACAUCCUUCUCGAUGAUGAAUUCAGAGCCAAGAUAAUAAAUUUUGAUCUCGCAAGAUCAGCCGAAGGGCAAGCAGGUCAAUUCGCACUGACUAGACACAUAGUUGGUACUCGAGGUUACAUGUCUCCAGAGUAUUUAGAGAACGGUUUGGUUUCCACAAAGCUUGAUGUUUAUGGAUUAGGCGUUCUAAUGCUUGAAAUAGUGACAGGGAAACAUGUGUAUGAGCUUUAUGAGAAAGUGAAGAAGAAUUUAUCUGAGGUUUUGGAUGAUGUUCUUGAGGUAGAAGAUACAGACGAAAAUCAAAAGUUGACCGAUUUCGUUGACCCUUUUCUCCAAGGGGAUUAUCCUCCGCAUCUCGCCAUGUCAGUAAUCCGAUUGAUCGAUGGUUGCCUGGAUAAAGAUCCAUCCGCUCGACCUGAUAUGAAUGAAGUUUCACAAUCUCUUUCUAGGGUUUUGACCACUUCACAGGCUGUAGAUAUUUCAGUAACCAUUUCAGUUCAAGGGAGAUGAUUUUGUAAAAUCACUUAGAUUUGUACUUUAUUUUAUAUUAUCUCAAAUUCUAAAUGGAAUAUGAAUCAAUUUUCAUGGUGUAAAGCUUCGAGAUUUAUUGUAUCAAAACCUUCUUCUAUGUUAUAUGUAAAUAGACGAAAAGUAUAUUCAAGAAA